UAUGUCAAAAGCAAAGUAAAUUAUCUUAAAAUUUUCAAUUAGGAUCAUUGCUAAGAAAAGUGUCUAAUCAGUAAUGAAUGAAUUAUAACUACUUAGUUAAUUGAAACACAAGUAUUUCAAUAACUUUGAUAUAGCUUUAUUAUUAAUAUGUAAGCAGCAUUCUAGGAUCGAGACAAUCUCUAUUUAGUCAUGGAUUUAUUAACAGGUGGAGAUCUUAGAUACCAUCUUUGUAAAUAGAGAAAAUUUACAGAAGAACAAACUAGUACUCAAAAAUAAACAAAAUAGAAUUCUUUGUGGUUUGUAUAAUAGUCUCUUUGGAAUAUUUACAUGUCAAUGGAAUUCUUCAUCGUGAUGUGAAACCAGAAAAUUUAGUAUUUGAUGAUAAAGGAUACUUAAAAUUGACUGAUAUGGGAAUCGCUCGUUAAUGGAAACCAGAAAAUGCAUAAGAUACAAGUGGAACUCCUGGAUACAUGGCUCCAGAAGUUAUGUGCAGUAAUAUUUAUAAUUUUCUAUUCUAAUUUUAUAGGAUAAAAUCAUGGAGUAGGUGUUGAUUAUUAUGCACUUGGAGUUAUUGUUUAUGAAUGCAUUAUGGGGAAAAGACCUUAUGUUGGGAAAAGUCGAUAGGAAAUUAGAGAUUAAGUAAUUGCAAAAUAAGUUUAAAUAAAAAACACAGAUAUCCCUGCUGGAUGGUCAUUAGAAGCUGUAGAUUUUGCAAAUAAAGUUAUAAAUAAAUAAUUUAGAUAUAGUUAAUAUAAAGAAAGCCUGCUAAUAGAUUAGGUGUGAAUGGUCCAGAUGAAGUAAAGGCUCAUUAAUGGUUUAAAGAUUAUUCUUGGGAUAAAUUAUUAGAUAGAUAAUUAACAGCUCCUUACAUUCCAAAGGAUGAUGAAAUGGUUUAAAUAGCUAAUGAAAAUCGAAGAGAUUCUGUUAAUGAGAUUGAUCCUGAAAGUGUUCUAAGUUUAAGAAGAAACUCUGUCUAAGGCAUUCAUUUUUAUUUAUUAUUUAGCUUAAUUUGGAGGUUAUAGUUUUAAUGGAAGCAAUAACAACAAUAACAAUGCUAAACCUUAAUCCACUAAUGUUAGUGUACCAGCAAUAUUGUCUACAAAGGCUAAUUGAUUUAUGAUAAAAUAUUUAAUAUAUGUAUAUGA